AUGAGAAUCAUCACAUCUGGCCUUGCGUUUAGCACGCAUUUUCUUCUGACCCAAGCAGCACCACUUUUAGCCAACAACUUCGGCAGACCAGCUCAGAAUGCAACAUUCGACUAUGUGGUUGUAGGAGGUGGUACUGGUGGUCUAGCGAUUGCCUAUCGUCUGGCCGAAGCCAACCACGCUGUUGCUGUUAUUGAAGCAGGCGGCUUCUACGAAGUCGAGAAUGGCAACACAUCGGUGGUGCCGGCAUAUAAUCAAGACUACAACGAGAUCACAUCAGACUCUCAAUGGAAUGCACCAUUGGUUGAUUGGGGUUUCUUGACAACACCUCAAGCUGGUGCUCAAGGGCAGAGGCUUCAUUAUGGACGAGGCAAGAUGCUUGGUGGCUGCUCUGCAGAAAACGCCAUGAACUAUAACAGACCUACCAUUGGUUCUCUCCAAGCUUGGUCAGACAGUGUAAAUGAUUCAAGCUAUCUCUGGGACAACUUCUUGCCGCAUUACCAGACCUCGAUCAAGUACACCAACCCCGAUCAGACCUUCCGGGAAAUGAACGCGUCCGUACCCUUGAUCACCAGCGAGAACGGCACUGGGCCAUUGCAAGUCUCUUUCCCGCACUGGGCAACCCCAAUCGCGUCGUGGGCAAAGCAGGGUCUAGCAGAGAUUGGUGUUGGGGAACUGCACGAUUUAAUCAACGGUGACCUGACCGGAGCGCAAUUCAGCCCUCUCACGCUCAAUCCGAGAGACCAAACCCGUAGUUCGUCACAAACCUCAUUUUUGGACACCGCGAUGCGUAGGAGGAUGACAAACUUGAAGGUCUACACCCACACUUUAGCGAAACAAGUCUUGUUCGACCAGAACAAGACCGCUGCUGGUGUCUUGGUAGAGAGUGGUCCUUCGCCUGAGCCUUUCAUCCUUAGUGCAAAGAAAGAGGUUAUCCUCUCUGCAGGCGCUUUCCAAUCACCUCAGUUGCUUAUGGUCUCUGGUAUUGGUCCAGCUAAGGAGCUGCAAAAAUUCAACAUCUCCGUCGUAGCAGACCGACCUGGUGUAGGUCAAGAUAUGUGGGACCAUGUGGUUCUCAGCGUCGGUCAACAGGUCAAUGUCGAGACCUAUGGCAGUCUCAUGAACCCAGCAGCUGCAUCUGAUUUCUUGGGCUGGGAAAAACUCCCAUCCAAUUCACGAUCGACCUUCACGAACUCAACGAUAACCGAUCUUGCAACGUUCCCUUCUGACUGGCCAGAGAUUGAGUACGAAAUUUCCUCCGCGCCCUUCGGAACAUCGUCAUUCUCUACACCAGAGAACGUGAUAGAUGUCGGCUACAUCCAGCCAGUCCUCCUCACACCUCUAUCUCGCGGUAACAUCACUCUAGCUAGCGCAGACAUGUCUGACGCUCCUCUCAUCAAUCCAAACUGGCUCACUCAUCCUACCGAUCAACAAGUUGCAAUCGCUGCUUUCAAACGCGCGCGCCAGUUCUUCAACACCUCCGCCAUUGCACCCAUCUUGAUCGGAGAAGAAUUGCUCCCUGGUCAACAGGAUCUGCCCUUCGAUUCUGCAGAUGAGGAGAUUCUAAGCUACUUGCAGGCGAACAUUGGAUUCAAUUGGCAUGCCAGUUGCACUUGCAAGAUGGGUAAGAGAGAUGACGGCAUGGCGGUUGUGGAUUCGAGGGCGAAGGUCAUUGGCGUGGAGAGAUUGAGAGUGGUCGAUGCUAGUGCUUUCCCAUUCUUGCCGCCUGGUCAUCCUCAGGCUACCAUUUAUGCAUUGGCGGAAAAGAUUGCCGGUGAUAUUCUGGCAGGUAGAUGAGAUAUGAGUCGCGUAAUUGUAACAUGUGUGAAGUGG